AUGACUUCCUCUCCCACCGUUUUUGUCCUUGGUGCUACUGGCAACCAGGGCGGCGCCGUAGCUCGACAGCUUCGUGCGCUCCACUGGAACGUCCACGCCUUAGUGCGGGAUCUCCUGUCUCCCGGCGCAAUUGAACUAGCAGCUGCCGGUGGUAUCCUCACCGAGGGUACCUGGGACAACACAGACGCCCUCAAGGACGGAAUUGCCGGCUGCGACAAGCUCUUCCUCAACCUCGUGCCAUGCAUCGAAGAACUAGACCGCGAGCGACAACAAGCCGUGAAUAUCGUGAACAUCGCCAAGGCCGCCGGCGUGACUCAGAUCGUCUCGACCACAAGCCUAGGGGUCUCUAUGUACGGCACGGAUGACAGGCUCCAGCCCGGCCUCUUGCACACGCUCCUCGGGGUCAAGAAAGGCGUCGAGCAAGCCGUCGUGGAUGGCGGCCUUGAGUCCUACACGUUGCUGCGCCCAGCUUACUUCAUGGCUAAUUUCCUCCAGCCGAAUAUUGAUAAUUACCUCGACAUUGUCAACGACGGCGUCUGGAAAUCGGCUCUGACGGCUGAUACUCAGCUUGGGUUGGUUGACCACGAGGACAUCGCUAAGGUCGCCGUCGCGGCUUUCCGUGACCCAGCUCAAUUUAAUGGCCGUGAGAUCGGACUCGCGAGCGAGUUCCUCACUGCUCAGGAGGCGAUGGAUCGUCUUGGGGACGCGAUGGGACGGCCCAUUAAGGCGGCGUUUAUGACGGAUGAGGAAAUCGCCGUGCAAGAGCAAGCGUCCGUUCCGGUAAAGCUGGAGAAGUCUAUGAGGUACAUGAUUGAGUAUGUAGAUAUGAAGGGACUAGAGGCGAUUACACCAUUGACGAGUUUCAAGGAGUUUCUGGAGAGGGAGAAGAAGAAUGUUAAGAAGUUGUAG